GACCGCUCGAUGCAGUGCGUCUGCUAACUUGGUGAUUCCGCUCACAGAACCCUUCAAGCUGUCCUAUGCCGAGCUAGCAGGGCCAAGCGAGACCGCCAGGACAAAGGAAGCAUCUGAGACGGUUGCAGGCUAUUGGAUCUGCACGCUUAGCAACAACCAGUGGAAGGUGGUAGAGGAACUGGGAAGUGGCGACUGGACUGAAUCCUCUUUCUUCAAGGCCUUGAGAGCUCCCAGCUGCAGAGGCACCGCACGAUCAUGGUGCUUGUUUGAGGUGCUCCAGACAAGCAUCCGGACUAUGGAAGACAGCAACUUCCUGGGCUUCCGCCUGUGCACAUCCACAGGCGUCCUGAAUGAAGGCGGUGUUGGCACUGACCUUUGCAUGACCAUUGCCGGCAAGCUGGCGUCGCUGAACUUGCGCAACGCUCAGGUGCGUGUCUCCAUCCGCGAGGCCCUCCUCUCCGUCAAGACCCGCUUCUUGGAGCUUCUUGUGAGGUCGCCUGGGUGUGUGGUUCUUUCAGGAGUACCGAGAAACCUACGCAGCAGAUCCCGAUCCAGCCUACAACCUUUGUGUCAAGCGGCGGCCUGUACCACACCCUAA